GGCUUCGGUGCCGUACGUAGCACAUCUUAUGAUUUGUGUGACGUGAGCCCGGUUACCUCAAUAGUAGCUGAGCAUAAUCUUGGUAUGGCGAGUUGCACAGUGGGUCUUCUAGACUACCUUGUUUCCUGUAAUGGCAUGCCCAUGCCGCUUCUCGAUUGACGAAAUGGAACAUGGACAUAUCCAUGACUGCAUAAUUCGUGGAAGUUAAUGACCAUUCGGGCUUAUUACUGCACAGUGGACCAUCAUUCCACGACCUACGAUCUGCGAGUAGGAUCAUUAUCGCAAAAGCUCGGUCGAGACACGGCAGAUCAUUGACAGGACUCCACCCGUCUAGAUAGGCCUCGACCACCCAGUUGUUGUGCAUCCCAUGUGCAGACUUGGAUGCUGCCAAAGUGACAGAUCAAGGUCAAAUCCAGUAAUGACACUGGCUCAUCUUGUUUCGGCACUACUAUGCGUGGUGGGAUGCUGUUCGCAGCAAACCGCCUGCAUGACAAUGCCAUUGGCCUGGUUUGGGGUCUGUGAUUGUGAACAAGGAUGCAGUAGUUCGACUGUCACAGGGAUAGGCAGGCCCUUCUGCAAAUCAGCGCCCGCGAUCGACGAACUAGUCACGACGUCCAUGAACAAGUUGAGAUGCAUAAAGUACCGGGCCAUAUUGCGAUUUAAAGUUAUGGUCCAUUGUUAGCAUCCCUGUCGGAUACUACGGAAUAGCGUACAUACACUGUGUCGAGGGAGGAAGUCGAGGUAGGGGCUCCUCCUGUUGAUGGAUCAUCCAGAAAGGCUAGAUUCCGCACGUUGGGGCGAGGGACAAGUUCCCUCCGAUUCAU